AUGACUCGUCUGGCAGUCGGAUUCGUCAGACGGCACCAACUGUCGACCGAUCCACACUUCCAAGCGGACUCCAGACUGGAGACCUUGAAGGGACACGAUUCGCCCGUGCUCCUUCGGCUGCCACCAGACACGGAGCAGAGAUCUCGUCAAUCGGCUUUAGGGUACAGCAACACAACUACUGACAUGUGUUUGUGUGUAGAAAGGGUUGCUAGUUCCCGGCUGAUCCCAGCCAACACGAGGCCGAUUUAUUUCGAGAUCGAGUCAGUACUUAAAAGCGGUUUGACCGCGUUUUAA